AUGGUCUACACCGGAAAGCCGAGCCGGGGGUGUGGGAUGUGUAAAAGCCGCCGAAUAAAGUGCGACGAGAAACGACCAACAUGUGGCAACUGCAAAAAGUCCGCCCGAGUAUGUCCCGGCUAUCCUGAUGAUUUCGACCUUGUCUUUCGAGAUGAGAACAAAGCUAUGGCCAAGAAGGCGAGGAAGUCUUCCGGAACGACCGCGUCGAGCAAUAGCAACGGUGCGUCAAGCUCCAGCACUUCGCCGCAUCUGUCACCUUCUUCGACGUUCGAUGUACCACCGGGGGAGAAUGCAGUACCGGGGGAGAAAGCCUUUCAAAUCAUCACCUCACGAUCAAGAAUACCCUCAGACUUAAGCCCAUCACAACAAAUACUUGCUCUGUCCAACUAUACAACACCACCACUGUCUCUAGACCAGUCUUUCGACUUCGAAGCGUUCGUGUGGAAUCUGGAAAACGCAGUACCGCCAACCAUAACACUCGCGCCAGAAUGCGAAGCCGUACCGUUCUUCUUCAAGAACUUCAUCACCCUGCCACAACAGGCCGAAAGCACACGAGGAUACCUAGAAUAUCUGGUGCCACUCUACAAUCGUGCCCGCCCAUCUUCGGUCCUCCAUUUGGCUACUACUGCUGUUGCGAUGGCAACAUGCGGUCAGUAUCCCGGCCGACAACAGCUCCUCCGUGAAGCGGUAACCACCUACGGCAAGGCUAUCAAGAAACUGAACGACGAUCUGAAAGAUCCUGCGAUGGCGAAGAGCGAUGAGACGGUACUGGCUGUUCUCAUGUUUUCAUUAUAUGAAACCAUAAUGAGUACAGACGACACUAUCACGGCAUGGGGAAAUCAUGUCGACGGUGCUGUGGCAUUAACGAAACUAAGAGGAAUCGAACAGUUCAACGAUCCAAUGUCACAUGCCAUGUUCCGCGCCGUGCGAACGAUGAUGAUUACAAGCUGCGUUCAACGCUCAAAACCCAUCGACUCUUUUCCUGGUACUGGAGGCUGGGUCGGCAACGGCGAUAUCUCCGAAGAGAAUGCUGCCAAUCGGUUGACACUCAUCUGUAUUGAUCUCCCAAACCUCCGCGCUCGUGCGAACAUCCUCACUACCACACCCUAUGACCCCGCCUACGAAUCAGAAGCGAAGCAAAUCCUCGACCUUGCGCAAAUGGUUGACGGAAACCUCGAAGAGUGGUACCGCACCCUGCCUCCAGAGUGGAAACAUCGAAUCAUCGGCGUCUUCAGCGAUCCAAUCGCACCCGAGGAGAUCGCGCUGGCUGAAAGAUGGCCAGGCGAGCAACACGUAUAUCAUGACGUGUCGUUGGCGAGUAUAAUGAACGACUACCGCGUUUGUCGGAUAUUCUGUCGAAGAGUCAUCAUGGCAUGUGUGACAUGGCUCAGCAUCGGUGGCAACUAUGCAGAUGGCGAUGAGACGUGGAGUAGGAGCGUGUUUGUCAUUCAGAUGAUGGUGGAUGAGAUUAGUGCAUGUGUGCCAUUUCACAUGAACUACGAGUUGCAACCCGUGGCGAAAGAAAUGGGUCAAGAGCAAAAUGCUGCGGAGGCAUUCGGCGGAUACUCGCUGGUAUGGCCACUAUACGUCGCAGCAAACGCCGAGACCGUACCACAAGAGCAACGCGACUGGUUGUUGGGUCGACUGUCCAUUAUUGGCACAAAGUUUGGACUGAGUAGUGCUCAGGUGCUGGUAUUAGCGAGGAGACAUGUUUUGACAUGUGGCCCCAUGUUCCCUUGA